CUUAGUUGCCAAGGCAGACCCUAACUGGACAGAUCUGGGGUUACGUAUCUGCUGGAGAUCCUUCACUUUGCUAUAGAUUUCUUCUAGAGAAGAAGUGAAUGGCGUUAAAGGAGUUUGAGAUCUAACCACAAACUGCUGCUCGCUCCAACAAAGAAGGCCAAGCUGGGACUUCCACUUGCAGCGCUUGUUCGCUUCCAGUAUGUCUCACACAUCGUCUACCCUCAAGAGAUAUACGGACACAGACUACUCAAAAAGUUACGUUGGAUAUGGUUCCUAUGCUUCCAACCACAGCUCUUCAUUCAGUGAUCGAAAUAAACUGUCUUACAAGUCCACUAUGAACAGCCCAUAUUACAGCGGCGCUCCUCUUCGUUCUUACGGAGAUCUUGACCGAAGCCUUCCACCCUUGGACUUAACCAUAAAAAGGACAGACAUCUUAGCGCGUUCUCCAUCUAAAUAUACACCGAAUGCCUACUCUUUCGGCUACAACAGCAGUUAUUCUAUCUAUCAACCAUCCCCCAUCUCCUCACUGACUCGUAAAAAGUCAUCUAGUCAUACAGACCUGUCUCUUGGGUUCUCUGAACUACGUACCUCUGAUGCUUAUUGCCCUCGUAGCCCAGGACUGACACGAUCACGCCAUGAUUUGGAUAGUACUUCUAGGACUACCCGUGCAUCCAACUAUGCUGAGUAUAGUGAUAUCUAUGGUAAAAAAAGAGGCUCCACUAACGGGUUUGGACUGUCUUGUGCAGCAGCACCAGAACCUGUCACUUCACUCGCAAAGUCCCGAUUCACAUACUCAUACGAGAAGAAUGAGGGAUCCAGUGGUAAAGAGGCGCCGCCUGCCAAAGUGGUCCAAGGUUUGGUUGGUUUAAGAAACCUGGGUAACACGUGCUUCAUGAACUCCAUUCUUCAAUGUCUGAGUAACACUAAGGAACUGAGGGACUAUUGUUUGCAUAACUCACAUAAACGCGACCUGAACUCGAAGACCUGCAGCACAGCAAUUAUGGAAGAGCUUGCUCGCCUGCUGCAGGCCAUAUGGACCAGCUCAGUCAAUGAGGUCGUGAGUCCCUCUGAAUUCAAAACCCAGAUACAGAGAUAUGCUCCGCGCUUCAUGGGAUACAACCAGCAAGAUGCACAAGAGUUCCUGAGAUUUCUUCUGGAUGGGCUGCACAAUGAAGUCAACAGGAUAACAGUCAGACCAAGACCCUGUGCUCAGGAGUUGGACCAUUUGCCUGAUUCAGAGAAAGGCAAGCAAAUGUGGAAGAGGUACCUGGAGCGGGAAGACAGCAGAAUUGUGGAGCUGUUUGUAGGGCAGUUGAAGAGCUCCCUGACAUGUACUGAAUGCGGAUAUUGUUCAACUGUAUUUGAUCCCUUCUGGGACCUGUCUCUGCCCAUUGCUAAGAAAAGUGUUCCUGAGGUUUCCCUCAUGGACUGCAUUCGUCUCUUCACCAAGGAAGAUGUUUUAGAUGGGGAAGAGAAGCCAACCUGCUGUAGGUGUAAAGCUCGACGAAGAUGUACCAAGAAGUUCACCAUCCAGAAAUUCCCCAAGAUCCUUGUGCUACAUCUGAAAAGGUUCUCGGAAGGUCGCAUCAGAAGCGGCAAACUUUCUACGUUUGUGAAUUUCCCACUGAAAGAUUUAGACCUGCGUGAAUUCUCCUCAGAACCAAGCACUCACACUACCUAUAAUUUGUAUGCAGUAUCCAAUCACUCGGGUACUACCAUGGGAGGACAUUAUACAGCUUACUGCAAGAACCCAAACAAUGGAGAAUGGUACACGUUUAACGACUCCAGAGUCACAGCAAUGUCUUCCAGCCAGGUCAGGAGCAGCGACGCUUACGUCCUAUUUUAUGAGCUAUCGGGACCGUCCUCCAGAAUGUAGCCUGCCGUCCAGUGCCGACUGGAGAGAAGAGACUCUCGCGAUCACCAGUGACACCUACAAGGAGGCUCACACAUAAACCUACAAUUGCAUAUUGUAGUGAGAAACACCAGCAUUACAUUCACUCACCAGCUGCCUUACCUGCGCAGCCAAAAAGAACUAGGAUUGUUGCCUUAAACCGGGUCCUUGUGACAGUGGACGGAUAUCGCAGCAAAGAUUUCAGAAUCAAGACGCGAUAAAGUUGCAUUGGCUACUCGGUAAUCUCUGUGAUGUGUUAUCGCUGGCUAUCCUAUCCGGCCAGCAUCUCUCUGCCUCUUCUGGUUUUGCCCAGUGAUGCUGCUCCAGACACCAUAUUGCUGCUGCUCUAUUUGGGUGGUGUUAGGACAGGAUUCAUCAUAGAUAUCAAGGACCGAUCAUAAUUGUAUUAUUCUCAGGAAAACGUCUUUAUGUGACUAACAUCUCGUUAACGUGAGACAUCCUCUGGU